CGCCCCCCCCCACCGCCGCCGCAUUUCGCGGCCGGCCGCCGCGGAGCAGGGCGCGGGGGGGGGAUGAUGGAUCCGCGGCUGCGGCUGCUGACGCCCCGCGCCCGCCAGCCCGCCGUCAAUGGAGGAGGACGUUGAGACCCGCAAGAUCAGCAGCAGUUUCCUGCGAGACCACAGCUAUGCCACGGAAGCUGACAUCAUCUCUACAGUAGAAUUCAACCACACUGGAGAAUUACUAGCAACAGGGGACAAGGGGGGCCGUGUUGUAAUAUUUCAACGUGAGCAGGAGAGCAAAAACCAGCCCCAUCGCCGGGGAGAGUACAAUGUCUACAGCACCUUCCAGAGCCACGAGCCAGAGUUCGAUUACCUGAAGAGUUUGGAGAUAGAGGAGAAGAUCAACAAGAUACGAUGGCUCCCGCAGCAGAACGCAGCCUAUUUUCUGCUCUCCACCAACGAUAAGACUGUGAAGCUAUGGAAGGUCAGCGAGCGGGACAAGAGACCGGAGGGAUACAAUCUCAAGGAUGAGGAUGGCCGGCUCCGAGACCCCUCCAUGAUCACCAUGCUACGGGUACCCGUGCUCCGGCCCAUGGACCUGAUGGUGGAGGCCACCCCCCGGAGGGUGUUUGCCAACGCACAUACCUACCACAUCAACUCCAUCUCCGUCAACAGUGACUACGAGACCUACAUGUCAGCAGACGACCUGAGGAUAAACCUGUGGAACUUUGAAAUCACAAAUCAAAGUUUUAACAUUGUGGACAUCAAGCCAGCCAACAUGGAGGAGCUGACGGAGGUGAUCACGGCCGCUGAGUUCCACCCGCACCACUGCAACACCUUUGUCUACAGCAGCAGCAAAGGCACCAUCCGGCUGUGCGACAUGCGCACCUCUGCCCUCUGCGACCGCCACGCCAAGUUUUUUGAAGAGCCCGAAGACCCAAGUAACCGGUCGUUUUUUUCCGAGAUCAUCUCCUCAAUCUCCGAUGUCAAAUUCAGCCACAGUGGGAGGUAUAUCAUGACCCGGGACUAUCUCACUGUCAAGGUGUGGGACCUGAACAUGGAGAACCGGCCCAUCGAGACCUACCAGGUUCACGACUACCUGCGGAGCAAGCUCUGCUCGCUCUACGAGAACGACUGCAUCUUCGACAAGUUCGAGUGCGUCUGGAACGGGUCUGACAGCGUCAUCAUGACCGGCUCCUACAACAACUUCUUCCGCAUGUUCGACCGCAACACCAAGCGCGACGUGACGCUGGAGGCCUCGCGGGAGAACAGCAAACCCCGCGCCAUCCUCAAGCCCCGCAAGGUCUGCGUGGGCGGCAAGCGGAGGAAAGACGAAAUUAGCGUGGACAGUCUGGACUUUAGCAAAAAGAUCCUGCAUACAGCUUGGCACCCCUCCGAGAAUAUCAUUGCUGUGGCAGCAACAAAUAACCUGUAUAUAUUCCAGGACAAGGUUAACUAGGAGGACAAGUUGUUCUUUAGGAAUCUCAUGUACUGAAUACUAGUAAACACAAGAUUUCAAAUGUUUCUUUUCUUUCUUUCUUUUUUUUUUUCCUUUUCCUUCCUAUUCCUUUGUUCAGUUAUGCUCUGCAGAUAGCGGUUGUGCAGAGGCGAGCACUCCUGCACCCCCCGGCACCUGGGGCAGUGGGGGGCACAGCCAGCAGACACGAGAUUUCUCUUUAUUUACGUGUUGAGAGCUAAGACGUAACGUGGGGCAGCUGGGGAGGUGUUAGGUUUUUGCUAUCCCGGUGUCCCCAGGCGGCACUGGGGUGGCUGUAGCUGUCUGCCGAUGGAUGAGCGUGGCGAUGCAGCAGUGUGGGCUGUCAGCAGUCGGCUGGGGAGGAGAUGGGGAGGGUGGCAUGUGGUGUGUGCGGGGGCACAUGCUGUGUGCCCUUCGGGGGCUCUAGUUACAGCAGUCCUGCUCUGAUUGCUUUAAACUUGAUCCUAGAAAUAUUCCACCUGUUACGUUGCAAGAUCAGAAUGUUGUCCCCUCUGCCAUUUUUCACCUUUGUCUUUUUAUUAUUAUUAUGUGUUUUUACCAACAGAGACAGCAAAACCAAAUGGAAAAUGGAAAAGUUCAGAUUUGCAAUGGACAAGCUUAUAGGGGGGGAUCUGCUGCACACCGAGACGUGUCUGCUGUAGCCAGGCUCCUACCUUCCCCCCCCCCACCCCACAGAAACUCUCCUGAGGAUUUGGCUUUGUAGAUACUGUGGUGCCUUUUUUGGUAUAUGAAAUACCUUUGUAAAUGAUGCUUCCAAACUGCAUUGAUUGCAAACCAAAUUGAACCUGGGCUUUUCUUCUGCAUUUCUUGUCUUUUGCUUUGGUCAUUUUUACUUGUUUUGUUUGUUGUAAGCUCUUGCAUGUUGUGACUGUCUCUCUCUCUCUCUCUGUCUCUCUCUCUCUUUCUCUUUCUCUCUUUAUUUAUUUAUUUAUUUGAUUUUUUUUAAAGAUAAAGUAUAAGUUGCUAAUUUAUGACCUUCUAAAAAAGAAUCCAACCAUAUAUUGCUGUUAUCACCUGACUGCUUCAGAGAGAGGCUGUCAUCCUACAUUAUAAUAAUAAUAAUAAAAACAAUAACUCUUCCUCUUUGCAUGGCAAGGCUGCCCCUUUCUACUCUAAAGAUUGUUCAGGGCCCUCUUUUACCUGAGCAACUGUUCCAUGAAAAAAAAAAAGAGCUACUUAAUUUUCAGUCAAUCUGAAAACUGCUCCUGCAACGAAAAGCAAAUGAACAAAUAGUCAAUUAAAAAAUUGAACACUGUCACUUUAGAAGUGGCUCUGUAAGGGUGGCCCUGCUGUGCAUCCCUUCCUCUGGGGCAGCGGGCAUCCUACCAGCGCCUGCAUCCUUGCAGGGAUGUUUACACGACUCUCUAAGGGCAAAGUGCUCUCUUGGGACAGCCUCUCUGCGAGGCACCAUGAGGAUUCCCAGCGUGUCCCGCGAUGGCCUCCCAGCUCCUACACCCGACAAGGGAGACGAACUGCUGAUUACUAAAGAAGCACAGGGACCGUGCGGAAAACCAGGAGCUGUGCAGCGGUGGGGACCCCGGCUGGGCCCCAGGCCAGGGGAGGCUGCCGCCCCAGCCCCUGGGACGGAUCCUUGGGGUGCUGACCUGCUGGGACGCCCCAUCCCCGCCUCGCAUGCCUGCGCAGGGCAGCAGCGGGGAGAGCUUGCUGCCUUCAGAGGAGUGAACACAAGGGAAAAAACAAAGUGCACUGGCUUAUAAAUUUAUUACAAGUGAUGGCUUUCAGGAGUAACUUUUUUUUUUUAAAAUGAAAUGGUAAAAAAAAAAAUAGCAAGAGUAAAUGAACCAUUUUUUAAAAAAAAAAAAAAAUGUUCUUUUUUGGUUCCUGUAAAGAAAGCCUGCACUCUGGUAUCAGAAGUAAAAUUGUCCCAAAUGUG